AUGCGAACCAUCUUCUCCAUCCUCUUGGCUAGCGUAUUGAUGGGAAGCGUUUGGGGGUUCCCCCAAAAUGUCGAGAUUGCCGGUCCAGGAACUACAACCACUCACCCGGCUCCAAUCGGCGGAGAAGCUCCCAGCGGUGCACCCAUGGUAGCAGGUCCAGGCGGCGGUUCAGGCGGCGGCGACGGCGGUAGUGGUGGAGGAGGUGGAGGCAGUCCUACCGCCCCUUUCCCAUCGUUUGAAGCAUUCCCUUCGUUUGCGGUUCCGGCUCCGGCGCCUUCGGGGGCAGGUUUUGAUGUUGCUGGGCCUGGUGGUACGUCUGUGCACCCGAGUGAGAUAGCCACGGCUCAUCCGAGUGCUGCUGCGCAUCCUACGGCAGCGUAA